AUGGUCUCAGAAAAUACUGUCAACUUCGCUUCGCGGGAACUUCAAAUAGGUAAACGUGGAGAUGCUACUCAGGUUAAGAUUAAAUCCGAAGACGAAAAGAUUUACACGACUCAGAUCAAAAAGAUUUGGAAUCGACAGUCUGGAGCUCAGGGUCACUGUUGUGAUCCGGCCAAAUUAAGAGGUGGAGAAACGGGUCUCAUUGGCACGAGAAGCUCUCCAUAUCGCAUUCAUGUUGAUGGUGAUCGUGAUCGGGUUGCAGAUGAACAACGUUUCAAAGUACCGCUAACAGUCUCGAUGUGA